ACCCUAAAAAAAAAAGUCAAGUCCGAUCGCAAUCUGAUUUGUUUUGGCUCCUCACUCCCUCCUUUCCGAUGGCGUCGUCCUCUAAAGUGUGCAGAUUAUCAACAAAGUUACACUCUUUAACCCAGAGGCUUAGCAAGACGAAUCUUCACGCCUCCUCCGUACCCUCUCCCAUCAAAUCUUCGUUACCAUCCUCACCCACUCCCCGUAUCAAUCCAUCUUUUACUAGAUUACCAGUGGAGCUGAGUAGCUGUGUGUCGCUGUUUCCGCUACACAGUGCUGUAGCAUCUGCUAGAUUGGUAUCAAGUUUGUCUGUUGAGUCUAUGAGCUGGGGUUUAGUUCCUCAAGGUAUCUCAAUGCCUUUAUGACAGUCUUUCAUCUUACAACAAGUUUCACCAGGAUGAUAAAAGACAUGAGAACAAAACUCUGGGAUGUAGCAUUUCUUUCUUAUAAUCUCUUAUUGAAUCCGAAAGAUCCUGAAUUUUUGUUACUAUGCUUUAAGUCUCGAGCUAUCUUUUUCGCCUAAUAUACAAUUCAUGGUUAUAACAAUUAAGUGUAUUCAGUGUCAUUUUGUUUGGCAAGAUCCUAGUUUUCAUGCAAA